AUUACACUUACAUUUUGUGCAUUCAGUGUGUCCCAGGGUACUGCAUCUUUUCUCUAACAGGUUUGUAGAAAUCUUGUAAAAAGCGCAAACAAUAAAAAUAUUAUAAUCCAGACGCGGCGGCUUUUUUGAUGCAAUUAGCUGUUCACGGGGAUUCCUACAUUGAAAUGCAUGUCAUCACGAUGUCAGCAUCAACUAUCUCUGAUUUUUUUGGCGCGUAAUUGAACACAACAACAGGAAGUGACGUCAUCUCCCGGGAAAUCUGUUCGCCUCGCUUGUAGUCGUACUCUCGCUGCCGCUUGUAGUCGCACUCUCGCUGUCUCUCCUAGUUGGUUUCUUGUUUGAAAAAACACAGACACACAUAGAUCGCACACAUUACAAACUUGCCACAAACACACUACACACUGCCACACAAAAAAUAAUGGUACCGCGAAAACCCGGACCCGCGAAACGGUACUCCGUACACGAAGCUUUGGCGCUAAUCACCGCGCCGGAUGAAGAUGGGGCUUCGGUCCACUCCUCUGGUCCGGAUUCAGCUGAUAGUGGCGAUGAAGCGGACUUCCUUGAAGGCCUGGAUCCGUGCCAUGACAUUGUUGCUGAUGUUGAGGAGGAGAUAUUUGAUGGAUCCUCUUCCACUGAGCCACCCUGCACUGUGGAGGGAGGCAGAGGGCGAGACAGGAGUCGGAGGAGUCGGCCUCCAGCAAAGCGGGGAAAUCGCUCCAGAUCAGAGAGACUCUCUGGUGAUGUAGCUGCCUGGAAAAAUGAAACCGAGCCUGACAGUUUGCCACGUCCCCUACCACAUUUCCUGCCUAAAAGAAGGCCAGGUGUGCAGCCACCUCUCUCAGAAUUUGUGGACAGUCCAGCUCCAUCAGAACUAUUCAAGCAGUUUUUUGAUCAGGCAGCUAUCAAAACAUUAUGUGUAAACACAAACAAAAAUGCAGCCAAAAAUAUUGCUGCUGGGAAAAAAUUCAGAUGGACUGACAUUACAGAGACUGAGAUGUAUCAGUACAUUGGGCUGACACUGUACAUGGGGCUUCUGAAGCGGCCGAAGAUCAAAGAUUUUUGGUGCACCAGUUCCAUCUUCCGUGUGCCGUAUCCUCCUCAGGUCAUGCCCAGAGAUCGCUUCUACAACAUCGCCUGGAACAUCCAUAUGAGUGACCCUGCAGAAGAUGCUCUCAAUGACAGCAGGAAAGGCAUGGAUAAUUAUGACUGCCUGCACAGAAUUCGCCCUCUGUAUGACAGCUUACGUGUAGCCUGCAAAGCUGUUUACCACCCCCAGCAACACCUUUCGGUGGAUGAGCGCAUGGUAGCCACCAAAGCCCGAAUUGCUCUGAAGCAAUACAUAAAGAACAAACCCACAAAGUGGGGGAUAAAACUUUUUGUGCUGUCUGACAACACAGGCUACACGGUUGACUUCAGCAUUUACACAGGCAGGUCCACUCUGGUAAGUGGGAAGGGGCUGUCGUUUGAUGCUGUGAUGUCACUCAUCCAAAAAAGCUACCUGGGAUCUGGUUAUCACAUUUAUUGUGAUAAUUUUUACACCAGCCCAGCACUUUUCAGGCACCUGCAUGGCCUGGGAUUUGGAGCCUGUGGCACAUUUCGGGACACAAGAAUUGUCAUUCCAAAAACAAAAGAAAAUGCCCUGACCAAAAAAUCUCCAAGAGGGACCAUCAGGUGGAUCAGAGAGGGACCUCUCAUCUUCAUCAAAUGGAUGGACACUAGGGAGGUGAGUGUGUGCUCCACCCUGCACACUGCCUUUUCAGGGGACACUGUCAAGAGAGCAUGCAAGGUUGGUGGGAAAUACAGAGCAAUUGAGGUGCAGGUGCCAACAGCUGUAAAGGACUACAACCAAUUCAUGGGUGGGGUUGACCUUUCAGACCAGCUAAUUGGCUCCUAUUCCUCAUGGAGAAAAAGCAGGAAAUGGUAUGUCACAGUGCUGCAUCAUUUCAUUGACAUUGCUGUAACUAACAGCUAUUUGCUCAGCAAGCAGCUGUGUAGCAGACUGAAGCAGCAACCAAUGACACACCAGGCCUUCCAGGAACUGCUGACAGCUGAGCUCUGUGGGGUCCCCUCACAACCAGUCCUGGAGAGCUAUCACCAUUUUCCUGUUGCCAUUUUUGAAGGGGCACCUGACCAGAAAAAGGCCACACAGGGGCGCAGGAAGUGCAGGCUGUGUGGGAAGUGCACUCCCUUCAUGUGUGAGGCAUGUAAAGUACCUCUGUGUGUCAUUGUGGACAGGAACUGUCACAAGACCUACCACAGCUCCGCUUGUGGUACUGAGAAGUGACAUUUUAUUAUAUCUUUCUGUAUUUUAGUUCUUGGGACACUUGGAUCUUGAUUAUACUAUUGUAAAUAAUUGCUCUGAGGUAAAUGCUGUAUUUUUUGCAAAUUGUGCCAAUACAAUUUUUAUGUGAAUUUUUGAUACACUAAAAAUAAGCGUUUUUCAAUAAUCUCAAUAAUCUAUCACAGCUCCACUGGUGCUAAUGAAAUGGAAAGUUUUAACAAUGCCUUUCUUUUUAUGAAUUCCUGGGACAGUUAAAAAUUUGAUUGCACUUUUGUAAAUAGUUUAUUUUUGAUAUAUAUGCUGUCUUUUUGCAAAUUGUUCAUAAUAUUUCAUUUUUCGUUUUUGCUACAGUUUAU